AUGGCCACGAUCAAGGCCAUCGAGGGCCGCUCCGUACACCAGAUCCAGUCUGGACAGGUCAUCGUCGACCUCAUCUCCGUGGUCAAGGAACUCGUCGAGAACAGUCUGGAUGCCGGCGCCACAUCAGUCGAGAUCCGCUUCAAGAAUCAAGGCCUGGACAGCAUCGAAGUGCAAGAUAAUGGCAAAGGCAUACCGCCCGAUGACUUCGAGACUGUCGCCCUGAAGCACUAUACGUCUAAGCUUUCCACCUAUGAGGACCUCACUUCGCUGGACACGUUCGGCUUCCGUGGCGAAGCGCUAUCCUCGCUUUGUGCCUUGUCCAAGUUCCACAUUACUACUGCUCGCGCAGAAGAUGGCGCUGUGGGCAAGAAACUGGAGUUUGAGACUUCCGGGAAGCUGAAGGGUAAUUCAGUCGUUGCCGCUCAAAAGGGCACCACAGUUUCAGUUGAAGACCUUUUCUGCAACCUUCCCGUCAGACGAAAGGAGCUCGAGAAGAAUAUCAAGCGCGAGUACAACAAGGUCAUUGCUCAUCUACAUGCUUAUGCGUGCAUCAGCGUCGGUGUACGCUUCUCCGUGACUAACCAGAUGUCGAAAGGCAAGAAAGUGGUGGUGUUCUCCACGAAAUCGAAUACGACAACGAAAGAAAACAUCACCAAUGUCUUUGGCGCGAAGACACUCGUGGCUCUGGUCAAGCUUGAUCUGCACCUCGAGAUGGAGCCGAGCAAUGGUCCGUCGACACAGAGCGCGCGCAACUGGUCUACUCAAUCGCUCGACCGCUCGAGAGAAGUCCAUGUGCAAGGCUACAUCUCUAAGCCAGUCUUUGGCGAGGGACGUCAAGCACCGGACAGACAGAUGUUCUUUGUCAACUCUCGACCAUGCGGCUUGCCGCAAGUCACAAAGGCCGUCAACGAAGUUUACAGAUCGUUCAAUGUCGCUCAGAUGCCGUUUGUGUUUGCGAAUCUCAUCAUGGACACCAAUGCUUACGACGUCAACGUGUCACCAGACAAGCGAAGCAUUAUGCUUCACGAUCAGACAGCGCUUUUGGAGAGCCUGAAGAAGUCACUGACGGAGCUGUUUGAGCAGGCUGAACAGACCGUGCCAAUGCAGUCUCAGCUUCCGAAUCGCAAACUGCCCAGCUAUAAGGCAUUAACUUUGCCGCAGCGUGCAUCAGCGCCAGAGGAAGAUGGUUCGGAGGAGGGAGCGCCUGAAGAGGCUUCCGCCAGCGAGGACGACGAGAUGGUGCCUGCUCCGAGACCGAAUGCUCGUUCCACCACUGCUAGCAAUGGCACUUCUGGAAGUCUCAUCGAAAGGUGGGCUGGUCGAGAGUCAGAAACACGGCGAGAAGCUCCCGUAAAGCACUCGCGCACGGCAGUUCCAGCGGACAAGAUGCAGCCUCCGACACCUUUAGAAGAUGUGGAAACCCAAAGCGCUGCCGUCAAGUCGCCGGUCCCGUCUCCGUCACUAAUACCAAUGUCACAAUUCGACGGGCGUGAUCAUGAUGAGGAUCGGAGCGUUGAUCGUGACACGCCUAAACCACAGGCAAGUGAGCAUGCUACGUUGCCGCUGGACACUUCACGCGAACCGGAUCCCAUGGGAUCUCCGUACGAUGACCUGUUCUCGCAAAGACCAGCACGAUUAUCAAGCGCAGACGGAAAGUCCAAUGGCUCAGAGGACGAAGAAGUAACGCCAGAGCGUGCUGUCACCAACCAACCCAGCGCCAUCGCUCCAAUUUCGCAUGACUCACGGUCUCAGCAGCCAGAGGAGCAAUCCGAAAUUGUCACGGUGAACCCAGCAUCGCAAAAGGCUACACCUGGACCUGUCCAGAACGCUUUCGAUCGCAUGCGUCCGAUGCGUACACCCCUUCAGACUGCCGAGAUUACCAUCGGCGACAAGACGACCACAACAGUCAUCGGAAGCAGUCCUCCUUACAAGAAGAGACGGGUCCACCAACCUGCCAAUUCGCAGUCGAUCGCGCAGUUCGGCGGAAGUCCUUUGCUCGCUCGUGGGUUGCGUUCAUUUGCUGCACCUGGGUCACAGCUUCAUCUCGAUAGCAGCGCCAUGCCUCCACCACAGCGGCGGACAGCCCAGUCAACACAGGCGAGCGACGAUGAUGAAGACGGGCAGGACAAGGACGAAACAAGUGCGAACGCCGAUGCAGCCCGCAAAGCUUCCGUGGGAUUGGCAAAGAUAGACACAAUCAAUAGUGACAUUCCGACCUCAGACCCACUGGAUGCUCUACUACCUUCGCCCGCGGAUGAGGACGAACAUGAUGAGGACUACGUCGAUGAAGAGGAGAAGAAGAUCCGAGAAGACGAGAAGAUAGCUCGCUUGAUCCAAGAAGCUGAGAUCGCCGCUGCCCAACCGAGCGAAGACAACCUCCGAAGAGCCUCGCAGGUACUCAAGAACGGUGGUAGUCGCAAAGAAUCCACCCUACAUCUGGCUCAGUACAUGAGGACGUCCAUCGAUGAUAUCAGAGAACAGGUGCAGCGUUCGCAAGCCAAUAUGCGUUCGGGCCUUCUUGAAGCGGAUCGCAGCGCCAAUGGCAACGAGCACGGUAUCAUCAAGGGUGAGAUCGAUGAUGCUGAAGCCGAGACCAAACUCUCCUUGUCUGUGAGCAAGACAGACUUUGAGCGGAUGCAGAUCAUUGGGCAGUUCAACCUUGGCUUCAUUCUGGCCGUGAGACCUUCGUCGACUGAGGAAGAUGAGGACCAGCUCUUUAUAAUCGAUCAGCAUGCCGCCGACGAGAAGUACAACUACGAACGCUUGCAGCGCACUGUGACUCUGCAGAAUCAGCGGCUUGUCCGACCAAAGCCUCUCGAGCUUACUGCUAUCGAAGAGGAGAUCAUCCUGAACAACGCCGACGCGCUUAAAGCCAACGGCUUCGAGAUCGAAACGACAUCCAGCUUCACAGACGAUGACGAGGGUGAGAGCGGCAGACGUUGCCGCCUUAUCACUCUCCCGAUCAGCGGCCAGAAGACUUUUGAUCUUUCCGAUCUAGAAGAGCUACUGCAUCUGCUCUCCGAGGCUCCGGCCGGUAGCUCUGAGAUCCCCAGGCCUAAGAAGGUGCAGAAGAUGCUCGCCAUGCGUGCUUGCCGGAGCAGUAUCAUGGUCGGCAAGAACCUGACUGUCAAGCAGAUGGGGAUGGUCGUGAAGCAUAUGGGAGAGAUGGGGAAGCCGUGGAACUGCCCGCACGGCAGACCUACCAUGAGACAUCUGGCUGGCUUGGGGUCGUGGGAGGGGUGGCAGGAAGGAGAUGCUGUGGAUCCGGACGAUGAUGUGGGUGUUGAUACGGAGUUUGCAAGUGGCAGACGAACCGACUGGAAGCGUUGGCUGGAGGAGCGUGGGUGA